CUUGCGCACCAGAAAUGUCCGAACUUGCCGCAAUCCUCGCUCGUCGGCGCGCAAGGGACGGGACGGGAGAAGAGCCUCCAAAGGAGCCUACCCCCGCGAUUGCAUCGUCAGCUCCAAGCUUCACGCGGCCGUCUCCCCCCAAACCUUUUCAGCCCAAAACAUUUUCCCACGGGUUUCCCGGAAACGCAGCACCCACCACACCGGCAGUAAACGAGGAGUCGUCAACGGCCUUGCCUAGUACGCCGUCGGACCCUCCUGCUGACUCACCACCUGCAUCGGCGGGAAGUUUCGGCGAUAAUGCGUCUCCACCGCUGCGUAAGACGUCUUCCAAGAUUGCUGCACUUCAAGGAAACUUGGGCGCUAUCAACCUGAAUGCGUUCCGUCCGCCACCUGCGCGUAAGUCCAAUACAGUCAGUACCAUAAGUACAGGGGAAGACUACGACUAUGAAAGCACGAUGAAGACUGGAGUCUCUGUUCCUGGGAUGAGCGGUGGUAUUCCUAUGAUCGGGCUUACGCGGCCCGGUAUUGCGUUACCAGGUUUGGCGGCAAAGGAAGCAGCCUCGACGGAGGCCUCGCCUGCGCCGGAAGAAGAACCAGCCGCUGUCUCUCACGCUACGUUGUCGCGCGCGACUGGCCCAAAGCGUCGUGCUCCCACGAAACCUAAAACUUCCACAGAUACAGGCGCAACGGCUUCGUCCGACGCAGCAGUGUCUAAUGAUGAAGAAGAGCCCCUCUUUCCAAUAUCAGCAAGCCCUCACGCGCCUGUUGAUACUCCAGCGACUCAAGUCGUUACAGAAGACUCCGCCGCAGCGAAAACUGUUUCGGCACCGUCCCCAUCGCAUGCGCCAGCAUUAACCGAACAGCGCCGUCCUUCCAUGGGUCUCUUCGGGGCUCUUCCCAGCCAACCUGCUUCGUUGUCUGAGCCAUCUCCUUCCAAGCACCCCAGCAGCGGCCCUAUCUCGUCGUCCUUGUUCGGUGCCCCACCUCCUGUCGAAAAACAAUCAUCCGGGUCGUCGUUGUUUGACCCCCCUCCACCUCCAGCUGCCACGCCAUCCUACACCAGUGAACGGCCACCAGCAUCAUCCAAGGAGCAACUCAGCACGGUGACGGCUCCCGCCGUGUCCCAACGAGCCUCGGCAUCGUUGUUUGGCGAUGCCGACGAUGACGAUGCGUCUUCAGAUGAGUGGGAUGACGACAAUCCCAAGUCGAGCCUCUUCGGUGGUCCAGCCAAACUGUCGCCGCCUCCCGUUGUGGCACAGAUGGCGCCUUCGUCGUCGAUCCCGAAGAAACCCGUGUCCAAUUUGUUUGGCGCCAGCGAUAGCGACAGUGACGACGACGCGGAAGGCCUCUUUGGCACGGGACUGCCCACAAAGUAGUCCUCGACUGGUUAACCUGGAUGAACACGGAAAAAAGGUGCUUUGUAACAUGAACACGUGGGCGCCGGCUAGCG